GCUCUUCACCCUGAUGCUGCACGGGUGCUGAGCCCGUCCGGGUCGGGACGAUGGUGAAGUAUUUCCUGGGCCAGAGCGUGCUCCGAAGUUCCUGGGACCAAGUGUUCGCUGCCUUCUGGCAACGGUACCCGAAUCCCUAUAGCAAACAUGUCUUAACGGAAGACAUAGUACACCGGGAGGUGACCCCUGACCAGAAGCUUCUGUCUCGGAGACUCCUGACCAAGACCAACAGGAUGCCACGUUGGGCAGAGCGACUUUUUCCUGCCAACGUUGCUCACUCGGUGUACAUCCUGGAGGACUCUAUUGUGGACCCACAGAACCAGACCAUGACCACCUUCACCUGGAACAUCAACCACGCCCGGCUGAUGGUGGUGGAGGAACAAUGUGUUUACUGUGUGAACUCUGACAACAGCGGCUGGACCGAAAUCCGUGGGGAAGCCUGGGUCUCCUCCAGCUUAUUUGGUGUCUCUCGAGCUAUCCAGGAAUUUGGCCUUGCCCGGUUCAAAAGCAAUGUGACCAAGACGAUGAAGGGCUUUGAGUACAUCUUGGCCAAGCUACAAGGGGAGGCUCCUUCCAGAACACUCGUUGAGACAGCCAAAGAGGCCAAAGAAAAAGCAAAGGAGACGGCACUGGCAGCUACAGAGAAGGCCAAGGACCUGGCCAACAAGGCCGCCACCAAGCAGCAGCAGCAGCUGAAUGUUGCCUGA